ACUGACUUCGCUACGGUAUGGUUGUCAUUUCGUCCGUCUAUCAGUUGUCGUGAUAGAUGAAUGGAAAAUAAUUAACUUUAUCGCAGCGAAGACGUUAUUAGUCUAUCUUCAAAACGUAACGUCGCGCGGGUUGCGACACAUUUGUGCUGAUAUACGAGUGCUUGCUUCGACACAACACCGCCAUGAUCGAUGUUAGAAACAAAGAUGGCGGAAUAAUACGGUGAUCAUAACCAAACGCGUUGUUUUGUCGUGUGUAGCGUUAUGUGCUGUGGUGGGUGGCGGCUGCAGCAGUGUCGGGGCGCGUGAGUGAGGAGGACAGGCGCGAUGGGGGCGCGGCCGGGGUGAUGCCGCCGCGGCCAGCGGCCGGCCGCGCGGCCAUGGCGGCCGACAGCGAACGCCCGCCGCUCGCUCUGUUCACCGCCGUGUACGACUAUGUGGCGCAGGGAGAGGACGAGCUCUCCCUGCGCCGUGGCGAGAUCGUCGAGGUACUGUCGAAGGACGCUAACAUCUCAGGGGACGAAGGCUGGUGGACAGGGAAGAUCGGCGACCGCGUCGGUAUAUUCCCUGCCAUGUACGUUACCGAGGAAGACCCUCUGGCCGUGGAGCCACCGCGCGUGUCCUUCUCCGAGCUGAAGCUGGAGGAGGUGAUAGGCGUGGGAGGCUUCGGGAAAGUGUACCGCGGCUACUGGAACGACGAAGUGGUGGCGGUGAAGGCGGCGCGCCAGGAUGCGAACGAAGAUAUAGAGGUUAUCAAAGAGAGUGUAUUGCAAGAGGCGAGACUGUUUUGGGUGCUACAGCACGAGAAUAUAGUGUCGUUGAAAGGUGUUUGUUUGGAGGAGCCAAACUUGUGUCUGGUGAUGGAGUACGCGCGCGGCGGGCCUUUGAACCGAGUGCUGUCGGGUCGUAAAAUCCGCCCCGACAUCCUGGUGGACUGGGCCAUUCAGGUGGCACAGGGAAUGGCGUACUUGCACGUCGGAGCCCCCAUGUCCCUUAUACAUCGCGACCUCAAAAGUUCCAAUGUUCUGUUGAGCGAGGCCAUAUUACCUGAUGACCAGUUGGAGGAUAAGACUCUCAAGAUCACAGACUUCGGUCUGGCGAGAGAGGUAUACAAGACUACCAGGAUGUCUGCCGCGGGGACGUACGCGUGGAUGCCACCUGAGGUGAUAAAGCACUCGACAUUCUCCCACGCGUCCGACGUGUGGUCGUACGGCGUGCUGCUUUGGGAGCUGCUGACGGGGGAGACCCCAUACAAGGGGAUCGACGCGCUAGCGGUGGCGUACGGUGUCGCCGUCAACAAGCUCACGCUGCCCAUCCCUAGCACGUGCCCCGAGCCCUGGAGGGUGCUUAUGGAAGCGUGCUGGCGCUCGAAUCCCCGCGAGCGUCCCCUGUUCCCGGUGAUCCUGGAGCAGCUGGAGCGGAUCCGGCAGUCGGAGUUCACGCGCGCCCCGCACGAGAGCUUCCACACCAUGCAGGACGGCUGGCGGCUCGAGAUCGAGGAGGUACUAAGGGACCUCCGGAGGAAGGAAAAGGAGCUGCGCUGCCGCGAGGAGGAGCUGACGCGCGCGCAGCUGCAGCAGCGCCUCAUGGAGCAGAACCUGGCGCAGAAGGAGCGCGAGCUCGAGAUGCGGGAGAUCGACCUCGUCGCCCGCGAACUGCACAUACUCAUCUUCGCCAGCAACAUGUCGGCCAACCAGCCGCCGCAGCCUAACAAACGGAAAGGCAAAUUUAGUAAAAUAAAGCUGCUGAAGAAGGAUACGAUCUCCUCUCCCUUAGACUUCCGGCAUACACUGACGGUGCGGCCCUCAGAGGACGAGUCCAGCGUCAAGCAGCUGGUGGCCGUCGCCAAGGACACGCCGCCCGGCUCGCCCGCUAUUAUGAGGGCUAUUGCCCUGCCGGCGGACGGCGUGAAGGGCAAGACGUGGGGCCCGUCCACCGUGCACCAGCGCUCGCGCACGCAGCUGCCGCUGGCGCUGGCGCCGGGGCUGGGCGCCGCGCCGCGCCCGCGCCCGCCGCGCUUCUCCUGCUCCGCGCCCGAGCUGCCGCCCGCCGCCCGCGCAGACUUCAGUCCGGACGACUGGGGGCCUGAGUUCCCGCUGUCCUCUGCGUCGCGCUACACGAUACCUAUGCCCACACUUUAUAGUACUGAAGGCUAUAAAUACAAGAAGCCAAGUAUAAUAGAGCUGGUGUUAUACAACAUGGCGGCGUUGCUGGGCGGGGUGGCGGCCGGAUAUGACGUCAGAGUGUCCAACGUCAGCCCGCUGCAUCCCACGCUACAGCCACACAGAGGAGAGAUCGAGCCAGAGCCAUUGAGUUCGUCUGUUUACGAGGGGUUCGGCUACGCGCACAACACGUACCACGGCCCCACACGACACCUGCGCGCGCCGCUCAACGCAGUCACCGGCUCCCCGAUAUCGAGUCUCCAAGCAGAGGAGCAGAAGCCGAUCCGCUUCACGGACUCCCCGACGCAGUACGCGGCGGCGUCGUCCUCGUCGGGCUACGGGCACUCGGCGCCGCCGCUGUCGGGCACGUCGGGGCUCGGGACCAACUACACGUCCACGCAGCCCACGCCCUCGCCGCGCAGGACGUCCUCCACGUCCGAGCAGCUGGCCGACCUGUACCACAACUACCGCGAGAACUUCCCGCCCGAGCCCGCGCACGACCGCGACUACUUCUACCGCGCCGAGCCCUACACGUACGACCGCACCGCCGACUACGUCGUCAAGCACCCCUACUACGGAUACGACGAGUGCAACUACGAGUACCGCGAGCCCACGCCCGACUACCGGCCCUCGCCGCAGUACCUCGCGCACCGGCGGACGCCCUCCAACUCGUCCGCCUCCAACUCCCACCCCGAGGAGUUCUCCCCGUCGAGACAGUACCGGAGCAAAGACAAGAGGGACGACUACAGACCGAAGACUGAGUACCCGCGGAAGUCCACCGACUACUCGCUGCCCCGCGACUUCUACCGGCAGGAGUCGCAGGACAAGAGCGAGCUGGAGCGGCCCGGCAACCUGGGGCUGGAGCUGGCGCCCACCAAGCUGCGCUCGAGCCUGAAGAAGUACAAGGCGGGCAAGGCGGGCAGCGCGGGGUCGGGCUCGGGCGCGGGCACUCCCACCAACCCCACGCCGCCCGAGUCGCUGGCCUCGGACGACAGCUCCUACGUGUCGGCGCGCGACGCGUCCUCGGGCUCCGCGCGCGUGCGCUUCAGCCCCGACAGCCUGCCGCCCAGACACACGUAGCGAAGGCUGCGCCGCUACCGACACUACCUCGUCUGACCCGCGGCCCGACCACCGGACUGGACUCAUGCAUUUAGUUCUGUGUAGCCUCCGACACGAUAUACAUUCAUAGCAGCUGACAAACAGUAUUUUAUAACCGUUUAGACGUAUUAAUGCUAAAGUUAGACUGGCAGACUUGAGACUGUCUCUAGUGACUAUGUAAAUAUCAGGGAGUACAUUGACCGUGAGCGGCCUUAAUUAAGUAAUCUGCACCAUAGCUUCCGUUACUUGGUAACUGGACUGAUUUAUUGAUCAUCAACUUCACUCAUUACAUUGCUGAAACUGUUUAAUACAUAUCCUCAUGUAAGUAAUGAUACUAUGAGAGUUUUAGUUCCAUUCAAUUGUCUUCUGUAAACGAUGGUCCAACUUAGAUGUUGCUAGGAGUCUUCGGCUACAAAUAACUGCAAUAAGCUAAUGUAAAAACGCAAUUGUGUUCAUUAUUUAAUGUAUGCGUAGUUUCCAUUGUACAUUUUGUAUGAUACGUCGUCAUAAUAAGAUGUAUUUAGCCAACAAUGUAAAGUGAAUCGCUCUUUCACAGUGCCUACCGCGUGGUAAUAAUGAUAUUGAUUCCUGAUUGCGUGAUGUAGUUAUUUAAUAAUAUUUAGAGAUGUUGUGUGCGUCAGGCGGCCCUGUGGAGUGGAAAAUUAGAUUUAAAGUAACGUGCGAUAGAUAUAGAGUUGUAAUGACACACACUGACUGGCUACAGUUGAAAGUAAACUGGUUCAGUUAUCCCAGUGUUAGAAAGUAUAUAAUAAUGUGCCCCACAGGGAGCGGCUGGCGCGACACGAGUCUGACUGUAUCGUACAUUGGAUUAAAUUAUAUUCAGGUUAGAUAUCAGCAAUGAGGAAUAGAAUAGGCACAAACUUAACAUUGUACAAAUUGUAAAUAUCUGAUCGAACUGAUGUUGUAUUCAGCGUGUAACAUUCGUUGACGUGCGAUUAUUUUUUAUUUCGUUAAAUUUAUAAAUAGUACAAAUGUAUUUGUAAGUGUCGACGUGUACGAAAACGUGGCGAAGAAAAAAAAAACAUAUUUUUAAUUCAACGUAAUCAGUGUAUAUUUUGAAUCUAACAAUUAAUAUAUUAUGUAACUUAUAUCACUAAGUUGUAUGCAUUUUGUACAAAACGUUAGAUAUUUUUUACUGAAGGAAAUAUCAGUAACAUUAGUAACUAGUAUUGUGUGCAGCUUUUAUAUCCACGAAUAAAUAAUGUAAAUUAGGUAAAAGAUACUAGUCGGAAGUUUGCGGAAAUCCUAAAUAUUGCAUAUCCAGCUGAAAAUUGAUAUUAUAUUCGAUAUUACGCUUUCUUUACCCGAAAACACUGGAUUACUUUAAUGAUCGAGAUAUAAGAAAUAGAAUUUUCGUUCAAACGAGGGCCUAUAGUCGGGAAGCUUAAAUUAUCACAUAAAUUAGCGUGUAAAAUAAAAUGUAAGAUGUAUAUCGGAAAAUUUGAAUAAUAUUAGCUUUGAUAAUUAUUGUUAGCCCGAAUCAGUGCCUAAUGUUUGCUGGGACGGUACUUACGAGAUUAUGCCAUGGAGUGGAACGAUAUUUGAUGAUUAUAUUUUGUUUUUGCUAUAAUGGCCAGUAAAACAUUUUUGACAGCCUGAACGUUGUCCUUAAACUUUAUUUUUUUGUUUGUUUUCCAUGUGCAAUAUGUGAAAUUAUUUUGCGUCCAUAUUUUAAUUUAAUUAUAUUAUUUAUGAAACAAAUCGUCGUGAAUGUAACAGUAUUUAAUACAGUAUUCGAAGUAUUGUAUAUUCGGAAAAGAUAUAUUGUAUGGUUGUAUGUAGUAUAAUUUAUUAAUUUAGCUUGAACCAGUGCCAAUGUCGUCCAGUGUUUUACAUUAUCUUUUAUUUCCAUUUUUAGUACAAACCAAAACCUAACCAAAUUAUCGUAAGAAUCUCUUUUAAAUUAAGUUUCUGAGUAAAAGUCACAAAUUCUGAGUCAACGAUUUAUAAAGAUAUGUAAAUAAUUAUCUGAGAUUCACGGCGCGUUUACUUAAAAAAACUCUAGUCCUGAAUUUUUAUUUUAUUUUAAUAUCUGGCUUGUAUUCGAAUGGUUACGAACGACUGGCGAACGUACUUCGAAUGAAAAAAUGUAGUUUAUUGGGAAUUCCUGUGUUUUAUAUACAUUCCAUAUGUUUUGAAGUGAUAUUAUUGUAAUCAGUGAUGCGUUAAAGACGAGUGAAAAGGUUUUGUGUGCCAAUAACAUGAGGUGGGAGGAUGCCUUACGUCUGUACGUUGAAUCGACAAAUAAAAAUCUAGAUUAAGCUUUUUA